AUGCGCGUUGUCUCUCGUCUGGCGUUGACGUCAUGCACCACAGCGUUCGCGCACACAUCGCUCAUUGACCCCGAAGGUGUUCUCUGGUACCUUGGCAAGGCGCUCCCGAUGAUUGUCGCUGGUAUCUCGGACAAGUCGGACAUUAUCUGCGACGUGGCCAUGCACGCCGGCUUGAACGCUGCCAACGCCCGCGUGCGCUCCAACGCGAAGGACCUCUUGGUGUCACAGCUAGUUUUGUCAAGGCGGUUGUACAUGUACCAGCUGCACGUCAUUUUGCAGCAGCUUUAG